AGUAUUGUAAUUGCACCAAACCAGAAGUCCUUCCUCAGUUCGCGUCCGCACUCUGAAUUAACUUGCAAAGCCCCGAGGUUGAACUCGGGGUAGACACUCCGAUGCUUAAGUCAGCAAUAAUCGAGGCUACCUUUAAAGCAGAAAUAAAAAGAGCUUAGGGUUGGUUUCAAUCACCUUUUUGACGUGGCCCUUGGGGGAUAUUUAUAGGCUCCAGUGAGGAACCCACGUGGCAUGCCAAGCAAGAUAAUCGGAGCCUGACGUGUCUAUCCAGACGGUUAUUUCGGGACCGAGAAUUUGAGAGAUAUUCAGAUGCAAGGAUGUCCAUCAUAAUUGUUGUACAACUCAUCAUAAAGAAUCAAGUGUGGGCAUGUUCAUUGUCACUGUCAUGUAGCUGUUUGAGUGGGAAGCUUUGGAUUUAUCCUUCGCUUCGGUCAUAAAGAAAUUACUGUAGUAGUCCGAGGUUGGGCACCUCGGACCUGUCCUUACACUAUUCCCCCCCCAAAGUCAUUUACUUGUGAAUGAUGAUGUUAAAGAUAAUGGGAUAGUGCAUAAAUAGAAAGGAGGGGGGAUAAAAAUAUUAAAUUGAGUUAUAGAGAAAUUGGGGAGAUGUCUUCAGAAAGGACAAUGAGUGUAGUAGGGAGUGAGGUGAUGCCCUUGGAGUACGGUGGCAUGGACUCAGAAAGUAGUCCAUCUUCGUCUAGUUUGGAGAGGAUAGUGGAGGAAAGAAGGGAGAGGGGGGUAGUGGAAGAGGAGGAAGAAGAAAUUCCCUCAAAUGUUAUGGAGGUUGAGGGUAAUGGAGAUAGGUGUUAUGACCCCGAAUUAGACAUAGUGUCUGAGGUGAAAAGUCCUGCUGGGGGGAAUGAGAGAGUGUGCUCAGCACCCCGAGACCACUGGAUGCCCAUGUACGUUCAUUAUUUGGUUGCAGGGCUUAGGAUGGAAGAAAAAUUCUUCUUUGUGGAUGACACUGAGUGGAGUAGGAGGGAUGCCGAAGUGGAACAAUUGUCUGCUUGGAAAGCAAAGAAAACCAAGCAGAACAAUUAUAAGUUAAAUGAGGAUGAGGUGGAGGAGGUAGAGAAGCUGGUGAGGGAGGAAGAAGAUGUAGUGGAUAUCAUGUACCUCACCAACUCGAAGGCAAUAGAGGCUGCAGAGCUCUAUGGGCCAAGCUUAUUGAGCGAAGGUUUUUUUCUAAAUGCUACUGGAAGGCUGGCUAUCCGUAAGAAGCCAAGGAAGAAGUCAAAGACUUCGAAUGUGGCAGACAAGGGGGCAGCAGAGAAAGAACGCCUGUCCAGCACUUCUGCUCGAGCGUUGGAGAUACAGCAGAGGCUAGAGCCUGUGAGAAGGAGCAGUGAGGAAGUGAGCGAGGAGGUGGCACCACUUCAGAGGAAGAAGAGAAAGGUGGCAGAACCAAAAGCCAGGGGAGAUGAGGUGGUUGAGUUCAUGCUUCAGCCUUCUCCUCUUGAAAUUGAUCCUGAAGUUCGGGAGAGGAAGGAGACCGAGAUACGAGGCCCUGGUAAAGGCAAGGAGCUCUUCCCUCAACCUUUGUUCCAGAAGAGUUUGUUCGAAGCAACAAACACUAUUUGGGUGAAGCGCUUCCUCAAUGCCACGCUUCCUGAGGUGGAUAUGAGGCAAGCAAGGCAAGAGGCGGUGAGUCAUUUGGCGGCUCGCAUGGUGAGGCAUGCCCUGGAGAGUGCAAGUUGGGAAAAGGAGGAGUUGCAGAAGGAGAAGGAGGAGCUGCAGAGGAAGAACAAAGAGGUGCAGAGGAAACUAGAUGAUGUGGUGCCGACAGUAAUCGAGCUCCAGAGCGAUAGAGAAAGCUUAAGCAUAAUACUUGUCUUCGAAGAGUGUAAAAGGAAGAUCUGUGAAGACAGGCUUGAUGCUCAAGACAAGUAUAUCGAAAAGAUGAACCAAUGGAUGGUGGAGUUGAAAAAGAAGGUGGAUCUACUGGUACACAACGGGAUGGAAGAGCACAUUGGCAACUUCCUCAACUCCAGCAUUUUCAAGAACAUCAUCAACCUCUACCGGCUGCUAACAGCAAUUUUGGCCUUCACCAACUGUAGAAAGAAGGUGAAGGCGCAGUACCCGGAGGUGGACGUCACGACGGUCACCUUUGGUGAACAAGAAGAAGGAGUGGAGGAGGAUGUGCAGCAGCUAGCUCCUCCUAAAGUAGAAGUGCCACCUCUGCCUACUAGGGAUGAGCCACCUCCACCGCCCCUUCCUGCUAAGGAGCAGCGUCCUUCCUCAGCAGAUUAGCUUAGGAUUUUAUAUUUUUUAGUUAUAUUUGUAAAGAACAUUUUUGUAAUUGAGAUUUUAUUAAUUGAAAAUUUUUGAAGUCCUUUUUGGUGUUUAGUUUUGAUUUUUGAUUGCUAUUUUGUUUCAAGUAAACCACUUCAGAUAAAAUAAAGUGAUUUUAAUUAA